AACAGCGGGGAAACCUGGACCGGAGUUUCUUCAUUUAAAAGUCUCUUCCAGUGCAGGACGCCUCCACACCGAGCCACACGGACACUUUCAGCCGCAGUUGAGUUGCGGUCACGCGGACAUGGCCUCCAUCGUUUGCCGGGUCCAGUACCUGGAGGACACGGAUCCGUUUAUCUGCACAAACUUCCCGGAACCCCGGAGACCUCCGACGGUGAACGUGGAGGAGAACCUGCCGCUCAGUGAGCAGAUCGCCGGGAUACACAAGCUGCUGGAGGCGCCUCUGAAGCUGGAGGAGUGCACCCUUCAACUGGCUCCUCAUGGAAACUAUUUGGACCUGGACUCGUCGAUGGCCGAGCAGAGAGACGAGCUGGAGAGCUUCUAUGAAGACAUAGCAAAAGGGAAGAAGCCCAUCCUGAUCCUGAGGACUCAGCUCUCCGUCCGCGUUCACUCCAUCCUGGAGAAGCUGUAUAACUCUCAGGGUCCGGAGCUCCGACGCUCCCUCUUCUCCCUCAAACAGCUCUUUCAGGAUGACAAAGACCUGGUUCCAGAGUUUGUGGCCUCUGAAGGUCUGACGUGUUUCAUCAAAGUCGGAGCGGAGGCCGACACCAACUACCAGAACUACAUCCUGAGAGCUCUCAGUCAGAUCAUGCUGUUUGUGGACGGUAUGAACGGCGUCAUAAUCCACAAUGAGACAGUCCAGUGGCUCUAUGCGCUUACGGGGAGUGUGUCUCGUCUGGUGGUGAAGACGGCUCUGAAGCUGCUCAUCGUCUUCGUCGAGUACGCUGAGUCCAACAGUCCUCUGCUCAUCAACGCUGUCAACUCGGUGGACGGGAGGAGAGGUGUGAAGUCGUGGGGUAAUCUGAUGGAGGUCCUGGAGGAGAGAAACGGCUCAGACACAGAGCUGCUCAUGUUGGCCAUGACGCUCAUCAACAAGACUCUUGGGGUGCUUCCGGACCAGGACUCGUUCUACGAUGUGACCGACAGUCUGGAGCAGUUGGGGAUGGAGACGAUCAUCUUCAAACACAUGAACAACAGAGGGACGGAGCCCGACCUGCGCUCUCAGUUCACCAUCUACGAGAACGCUCUGAGGUACGAGGACGGGGACGGGGACGUGGACGACUCCUCCCUUCACCUCCGUAAAGAGAGAAGAAAGACGGCGUUCGGCGAGCAGGAGGGACGCAAGAACCGCCGCACCUCCAGCCAAAACCUCCCUGACCUCCUCCCCUCACCCGGUGCUUCCUCCCCCACCCCCACCCCCACCCCCACAACCUUCCUGCCCCCCUCCACUGAGACCACCCCGGUCUCCCCUGCCAUCUCCCCUACGUUCUCCCCCGCCGUCUCCCCCGUUGUCUCCUCCCCCAGCCCCACGGCGGGGUCGGGCAGCAGGGCCUCGUCUCCGCUGAUCUCCGAUCCUGACAGCUCCACCUCCAGUCCGUCCGGGUCCCACAGAGGGUCUCCUGUUCCUCCCCACACGGCCCCCAACGGUACCAUAGCAACAGAGCAGGACGCAAAGUCACCGACCAGUCCGGGACGCUCUUUCCUCAGCCACCACAUGUCCGCUCUUGGUUUCGGCAGGAAGUCCAGACUCUUCACCAAAACCAGCUCUAUCUCUGAGGAGCCGCCAGCCGCCUGCAGCUCGUCUCCCUCAGACCUCUCUCACCAGGAGAAGCCGUCCCAGUUGAACCCGGAGCAGCCCGUCAAGACGGAGUCUAAAACCAGUUUCAACUCUGGGGAGGAUGACGUGUUCCACUGCUCUGACGACUGUAAUGUAAACCAAGACAAGCCGGUUCUGAGGAGGUUUGAAGACACCUUCCUGCGCAGCCUGGCAGCCACACAGUGGGAGAAGAAGAGAAGAAGUAAACACCUGAGCCAGUCCAGGCAGUCCACGUCUGAUGAUGUCAUAACCCCGAGCCCGCAGCCUGUGGAGGGGCGUGACGGGGAGGAGUCGCCACGUCAGGGGCCGACAUCCAGCAGUUCCGACACAAACGGACACUCAGACUCCCAGAAUGACCCAGCCUCCUCGAUGCAGCGGCAGUGCAGCACUCUCUCCGAUGACAAGAAGUUUCUGCUGGACAUGCUGUACUCCAAAACCUCUGCCACAGCGCCGCUGAGCCCGACUGCUGCAGCUGCUGACACCAACGAAGAAGAAGGCAGCUUCCUGGCUGGUGGAGAUCUGGGCGGUCGUGGUCGUGUGCUUGAGCGUCUCUCCAGCCUUAAUGCGCGCUCAGUGGAGCCCUCCGCUCCCAGUGAGAGCAGCGCCUCCCGCAGGGCGGAGCUGGUGGGGCUGGAAGGUUCGGCACAAGCAGCGCUGGCCCGACUGGCUGAAGAACGACAGACCCGAAACCUCCGGCAGCAGAGCAGCAUCGAUGUGGAGGGCCAAGCCCGCCGCAUGGAGACCACCCAGUUGAACCCGCUGGGUCCUGGCGGUCCCCCUGACGCCUGGGAGCAGCUGCAGCCGAGCGCCGCCGCCCUGCGCAUCAAAGACCUGGACUUCUCCGACCUGCUGGACGAGGAGGACAUCGACGUGUUGGACAUGGACUCUUUUGACUCCGCCUCCUCUUGUUAUUCAGGCCUCCCUCCUCCUGCUCCUCCUCCUCCUCCAGGCAUGGCUGGAGUUUCACCACCACCUCCUCCUCCCCUUCCCCCGGGCCUCGGCGGUCCUCCCCCUCCUCCCCCUCCCCCUCCUCUUCCAGGAGGUAUGGCCCCUCCUCCUCCUCCUCCUCCUCCCCCUCCACCAGGUGCUCCACCUCCUCCUCCUCCUCCGUUCUCCUCCUCGGCGGCUCCCUCUCAGAAGAAGAAGACGGUGAAGUUGUUCUGGAAGGAGCUGAAGCAGGCGGACGGGCCUCAGAAGUGUCGCUUCGGUCGGGGGACGGUGUGGGCGUCUCUGGACAAGGUGGCGGUGGACACCUCCCGACUCGAACACCUGUUUGAGUCUAAAGCCAAGGAGCUGCCUGUCGCCAAGAAAGGACCUGAGACGAAGAAGUCUGAGAUUCAUGUUCUGGAUCCAAAGAGGAGUAACGCCAUCAACAUCGGGAUGACCGUGCUGCCUGCCGUCCACGUCAUCAAGACCGCCAUCCUCAACUUUGACGAGUUCGCCAUCAGCAAGGAGGGCAUCGAGAAGAUCCUGACCAUGACCCCCACGGAGGAGGAGAAGCAGAAGAUCCAGGAGGCUCAGCUGGCCAAUCCAGACGUUCCUCUGGGCACGGCGGAGCAGUUCCUGUUCAGCCUGGCCUCCAUCAGCGCCCUGACCCCCCGCCUGCAGCUCUGGGCCUUCAAACUGAACUACGAAGCUCUGGAGAAGGAGAUUGCUGAGCCGCUGUUUGACCUGAAGUUGGGCAUGGAGCAGCUGGCCUCCAAUCAGACCUUCAAGAGAAUCCUCGCCACGCUGCUCGCCAUCGGGAACUUCCUCAACAGCUCCAACGCGAAAGGCUUCGAGCUGGGUUACCUGGAGAAGGUGGUGGAGGUGAAGGACACGGUGCACCGUCAGACUCUGCUGCAUCACACCUGCAGCCAGGUGGUGGAAAAUUACACCGAAUCCUCCGACGUCUACUCCGAGAUCCCCGCCAUCACCCGCUCUGCAAAAGUGGACUUUGAGCUGCUGUCGGAGAACCUGGUCCAGCUGGAGCGACGCUGCAAAGCAUCCUGGGACAACCUGAAGGUGGUGGCGAAGCACGAAACCAAGGCGAUGCUGAAGAACAAGAUGACGGAGUUCCUGAAGGACUGCACGCAGAGGAUCAUCAUCCUCAAGGUGGUCCACAGGAGGGUCAUCAACAGGUUCCACUCCUUCCUGCUGUUCCUGGGUCAGCCGCCCUCCUCGGUCCGGGACAUUAAAGUCACCAGUUUCUGUCGGAUCAUCAGUGAGUUCUCCCUCGAGUAUCGAACCACCAGAGAGCGAGUCCUCACCCUGAAACGGAAACGAGCCGCUCACAGAGAGAGAACAAAGACCCGAGGAAAGAUGAUCACCGAGACUGAGAAGUUCUCAGGGGCGGUGCCUCAGGACGACAGCCCCUCCCCCGUCUCCAUGGCAGCAGACGGGGAGCCGGGUCAGGAGGAGGAGCACGAGAACAUGAGGAACCUUCUGAUCAGCACCAGCAACAGCCUGAGCGCCGAGCAGGGAGGAAUGAGGCGCUCCAGGGGCUUCCGCAGUCUCGGCAGGGUGAGUCCGUCUCAGAUAUCUGCGGCCAGAGACGACGGCACCAACUCCCAGGACGACGCCACGGACGAGAUCAUGGACCGACUCGUCAAGUCUGUUACCCAGAAUCCCUCAGAUAGACCGUCCAGUCCCAAGUCCCGCAAACGGUCUCGAGUGAACAGGAAGUCAUUGAGGAGGACUCUGAAGAGCGGCCUCAGUCUGGACGUGGUUCAGGCUCUCGGACUCAACAAGACAGCAGACAAGGUCUGAACGAUCAAUCAUUGAACAUUAUCGACAAGAGACUGAACCCAGACCAGCUGAGUGAGACCGCCGAACGCCACGAGAGAAACAGACCUGUGUUCCUGACUCUGUUUCCUGCACGAGAAGAAGCUCCAUUUUGACGUGUUUGCUGGUGUGGCUCGUUAAUUUAACCGACCUCUUGAAGCUCUUUAACAUGAAUGUUUUACGAAUGUGACACCAAAGAAAUUACAGCAAACAGCCGAGAGAUUUAAGAUUUGGCGUUCUCCACAUCGGGACCUUUUUAAGAUAAAAUAAGCUUUUAAAAAAAUGUUUAACGCUCUAACGUGUUCAAAGUCCUAAACGUUUAAGUGAGUGUUUCCUGGCACUAAAAAUCUGAAAAAUCACUGAGGUGGUACCGAACGGUUCAACACUUCCCCUGCCACUGCUUGAAUGUGUGUGUGUGUGUGUGUGUGUGUGUGUGUGUGUAUAAAGCGUGUGUAUCUGUGUGUGUGUGUUAUUUUAUUAAAAGUAAUCAGGAUGUACAGUCGUUGGAUGUGAGCACGUAUCGUCUGUACAGUCGACUUGUUGUUGUUGUUGUUGUUUUUUUUUGCACUUUAGUUCAGUUUUUUUGUGACUUGUAGUUCAAAUUCUUCUUCACUGGUUUUCAGACACAAACUGUGUGAAGGACGACGACUGUUUUAACUUAAAGGUGAACAUUUUACAGAAAAAAGAACGUAAAGAUCGAAUGUGUUCCUCAUCAAUAAUAAAGGUUUUUAAUAAAAAAGAACGACAGGAUUUACGUAUCUAUUCAAACAUCUGCUUUGAUUAAAAGCAUUUCAUUAUUCAAAUAGUCAACCUGAAGUGGUCUCGUACAUUAUAACACGAUUAUAAGCAGGGGCGUGUCCAACUGGGGGCUCUGAUUUAUGCAGGGGGAAUAUUAUUUAACCGUUCAGAUUUAUUGAAUGAAAAGUGGUGCAGUUUGGACUUCAGACGGUACAAAAUAUGUGACUGAACAAAACAAACAUGUUUAAAAAGUGCUUCAUGGUUUGUUUGUUUUUCCAGGCACACUUUCUUGACCUACUGAAAACGGCUCCGCGACCCACUUUUGGGUCCCGACCCACCAGUUGAGAACCAUUGGUCUAAAGUCUGAUGUGCACACAAACACACACAAAUAAACAUCAUAUUUUUUACCCUUUGUAACUUCACCGAUCAGAUAAACUUCAUAACACAAGAUAAAGGUAACGUUACUUACAAGUCCUUUAGAAAGUGGUUGCAAACUCUUCCAUUGUCCAACUACUUCAAAAUGACAGGAGCUGGCGAUAUUUUUGUCCCGACACAUUGCCACUUAAUUCAUAACAAGUGAGACGAUGUGCUUUACUAUCACCUGAUUUUUAAUUUAAAGUAAGAACAAACGAUAAUAUGCUACAUUGCGAUGUAACGAAAACUACUUGCAAACAGAAAAAAAGACCUAAUGGUUGGCAAUUAGCCAAUCACAGUUGAGGAUUCUUGGGAUGGCCAAUUAGAUUUCUAGGGGGAGGGGGGGCAAUGCCACUCCUGUCCUCCCCUCUGGACACGCCCCUGAUUAUAACGCCCAGGACUGUGAAAAAACUCUGCAAAGAAAGAUGCUGAAUUGAUUCUUAACUUGAGCAAAAAUGACCUGAAGGUGUCGUCAUGGUUACUGUCCUCAUACUGAACGUCUUCCAUAGACACUUAAUACGCAGAAGGUUAGCGCAGGUGGGGUGAGAGAGCCGUCCAUGUUCAGUUUUAUUUAAAGAAUGUUUUUAUGUGUUCUUCUUCCGUUGUCAGAACAAAAAAAGAAAUGAGUGUAGAGGCUGCUCUACUUCAAACUGUAUUAAUGUUUCAUAAUCAAUAAAGAUGUUAUAAAAUACUACUUGAAAAGUGUCAGAAAUGUACAAUAAAAUAAAAAACAAGCAA